ACUAUAAAAUUUAUUAUUGCAAGCUUUUACUAAUAGUUUGUAUAAAAAAAUUAAUUUUUUAUUAAUACAAUUUGAAUUUUCGCGGAAUUUCGAGUAGCACAACUAGUGCCACCAAGCAGCAGAUAAGCUCCCUUCGAUUAUUCAAAUACGUUUAAUUUUUUUAUGUAUCAGUAAACAACUAAAUAAAAUUUUAGUAUAAUUAAAAAGACUUAUUUAAUCUGAAUUAUCAAACAGACACAGAAAACGUGAUUAAAAAAAGAUUAAUUUUACAUUUUGCGGGAUGAUUAUUGAUAUUGAUCAAACAGAAUAAAAAAUGGCUGCAUCAUGAAACAGAUUUUGUUUUGUUGUGUGCGGAUUUCGGAAAGAACUUUUUAAAAAUCGAAGUUCGGUAUUUUUAGAAUAUUGGAAAUUAAACAAUAAUCGAAAAUGUACCUCGGGGCCAAUUUACGAAUACGAAAACUGGGACUCUGUGCGAUAGCCGGUAUUUUAAUUUUGGUGUAUUUUUACUCUUUACGCACAGCUUCAAUAAAUUUAGGCGAAGAAACGAUCUCAAUGAAAGCACUUCUCGCUGGUGCGAUUAGAGCAGCAGAAAUGGGGGGCUUAGAAAUAAUUUCGGUUCAUAAUGACAUGCGAUUAAAUAUUGAGAGCAAAGGAAGAACGAAGGAAGGUGUAAAUGAUCCGGUAACAGCAGCAGAUUAUAAAUCACAUUGUGCAAUGUAUCAUGCUUUGACUGCAGCAUUCCCAAAAAUAACAGUUAUUUCUGAAGAGGAAUCAAAAGAGUGCGAUAAAGUCAAUAUUUCUGAUUUGAAAGAUUCCAUGAAAUAUUUAGAGGAUUACAACAUUGAGGAUACUCUCGUUAAUGUUGAUGAUGUAACAGUUUGGAUUGAUCCUCUCGAUGCAACAAAAGAAUUUACAGAAAAUUUGUUACAGUACGUGACAACGAUGGUUUGCAUCGCUGUCAAAAAGGAGCCAAUUAUAGGAGUUAUACACAAGCCAUUUGAGUCAAAAUCGACUUACUGGGCUUGGGUUGGACACGGACUUUCAUCAAAUCUCAAAAAUUAUAUUUCGCAGACAGAAGAAGUUAAAAUUCCAGUUCUAAUCGUUUCGAGAUCACAUGCUGGAUUAGUACAAAAUGCUUCCAAAUUAGCUUUUGGUGAAAAUGUCCAGAUAAUUUCUGCGGCUGGAGCUGGAUACAAGGCUUUGGAAAUUGCUGCCGGAAACGCAACAGCAUAUGUGCACAUGACAGCAAUUAAAAAAUGGGACAUUUGUGCUUGCGCUGCUAUAAUUAGCGCACUUGGCGGGACAAUGACAUCUUUAUCUGGACCAGGAAGGAUAUCCUUUGGUACCAGUGACCCAAUUGUUUUGAAUUCCGGACUAUUAGCCACGAUGAGAGACCACAAUUGGUAUUUGGACAAAUUUUCUAACGUCUGAACGACUAGAAUUUUUCAUAUCAAUGGAGAUAUCAAAGCAGGAAGCUGCAGCUUCAAAGUGACAUUCCUCUGGAUUGAAAGUGACCUCAAACUUUUAGUUCAGGUCUUCAGGGCACAACUUAUAUUGUAAUUAUUUUAUUUCGGCUCCUUUUUUAAAUUACGUAACAGCUCAAGGGGCCGGAGGGGAGGGGGGGGGGUGAGACAAUUUGAUACGAUUUUUUGUGUUAAGGAGGAUUUGAAUAAUUAAAAAGUGAAAG